AUUCCCUAGUCCGAUUUUAAAUAGCCAAUCAAAUUUAUGCUUACAAAUACCGGAUGUAUUCUCCGAAUGGCGAAUGCCUGCAAAGUUUUGGUCAGGACUGGAAUAUUUUCUCUCAAAAUUUAGCAAAGAAAUGGUAUUAAGAUUGAAGAUGAUAGAUUGAUAACAGCAUAAAGGAAUGAAGGCUAUCAAGGACCUUGUAUCACAGGUGUUCUAUACACAUGGUCUCCUUUGUGCUAGCCAUCCAUUCUCCAUCCUUGUAUCUGUGUGUGCAGUUAUUAUAAUAUUAUGCUACCCAUUGCUGUAUGUGCCUCUACCUGGCAACAUACCUGGUGAGUAUGUUACAUCAGUGAAGAAUUACAAAGUGCCACCAAAAGCUUUCACCAAGGGAGAUAAAUCAUUUGAUACAACAGAUAUAACAAGCAUACCAAGAUGGUACAAGGGUCCAUCUCAAGCAUAUAUACAACAGCUGGUAGUCAAGACAACAGUGUCACCAUGGGAACCAACUCAACAUGAUCCUUUAGAUGCCUUGUAUGCACCACUGACCAAGGUGUUCAAAAUCCUGGAAGAAGUGGAGAAGUUAAGACAUCAGCAUGGGGAAGAAGAGAAAUCUCUGGUGAAUUGUUGUUUGCGUGUAUCCGAACCACUGCGUUCUAAAUACAUUGACAAGUUGUUACCAGAAUAUGCCUGCCUCGUACUAUCUCCAGCUAAUCUGUGGCAGAAAAAUCUGAACAGAUUUCUGGAAGAUAAAGAAGUGUUACGAACCAUUUACAAGAGGUAUAACCAAGCUCUGGAUGCGCCACCUGGUAUCAGAGAUGUUUUGUUUGGGUUGCCAUGGAAACAGACUGGGAUAUCCAGAUAUUUUAUCAGAAAUAGACAGAGGACUAUAUCAUUUGCUAUCACACUUGUCCUGAAGAAGUAUGAUGAAAGUUUUGUGGGGAAUCUGCGGACAAAGCUGGAAACCGUUUAUCCGGAUACAGUGUUAAAUGUGAACAAUUCUCAUAUAGAUCAUAUUGUACACCUACAUUAUAAAGAUAUCAACAUCUAUUUUGAAUACAUUCAUCUUAUAGUCUUGUAUCUGGUGCUACUCAUGUAUCUCUACUUCUCUGUCAAGAAGAUAGAAAUGGUAAAGUCCAAGUGGGGUUUGGCAUUCAGUGCUGUGGUUACGGUGGUAUCGUCAUUGUUGAUCUCAGUCAGUGUGUGUUCCAUAUUUGGUCUGAACACGAGACUUAACGGAGGGGAGAUAUUCCCCUAUUUGGUAGUGUUGAUUGGUGUAGAAAAUGUGCUGGUGAUGACCAAGUCUGUUGUUUCAACUUCUGUAGAACUGGAUGUGAAAUAUAGAGUUGCUACAGGUCUAAGUAAGGAGGGAUGGUACAUAACGAAGAAUCUGCUGAUAGAGUUAGUCAUCAUUAUGGUGGGCUUCUUCACCUUUGUACCUGCCAUACAGGAGUUUUGUUUGUUUGCACUAGUUGGCCUGCUCACAGAUUUCACGUUACAGAUGGUGUUUUUUGUUACAGUACUGUCAGUGGAUAUCAGGAGAAUGGAGUUGUCAGAUCUCCAUAAACACAAACAGGACACCUCAACACCAUCAGAUCUUGUACAGUUAGAACCUCUCUUCAAAUGCCCAUUCAAAACCAGUCUGCCCACAGAUCGUGUCAGACUCCAGCCAAGAUUUAAUCUGUCUACUGGCAUGGGAAUGAUUUCAUCCCGAGGGACACCUGUGUCUCCCAGGGUACAGCAUGAGGAGAGAUUAUUCCAGCGUGAAUCAUUUCUAGAUUUACCCCGGAGAUUAAGGUUGCUGUAUUUCUGGGCCAGUACUAGAGUUGUUCAAAGAUUUAUCAUGGUGUGUUCAGUUGUUUGGAUUAUUCUUAUUGUAUACAAGACUGGUUUAGUUCAUCAUAUUACCAACACAUCAUUCAGUAUUAAUGGUACAGUUAUACCAGACUCUGUAGAUGACCUGGAACAAAUGAUCAAAUUACAGGAGCAGACAACUACUGCUGAUCAGAACAAGAUUAAUGUAUUAUCUCCCUUGGCCUAUUUUUGGCAACAGGAUGAUGAGGAUUUGGGUUCGGUCAAACAUACUGACCUAGAAUUAUGGAGGAAGCUCUCACAUGUACACUGGGUCACCAUGUUUAACUAUUAUAAUAUCAGUAUUGUUGGAAAAUAUAUCAGCAUUUUACCAUCCAUUCAUUUAUCCAUAAUCAUUCCACCAGAGGAGGCUAUCAGACUGCGUGUCCCUGGAUACAAAACCAACUGGCCACAGAAUGAGGCAAAAGAGACGCAAAUUAGACCAAAGAUACCUGAAAUCCACCUGCAUGAAAAGUCCAGAGACAAAAAUGAACCCAAAGAAAAAAUCACAAUUCAAAGUGAAGAAACUAAAGAACAACCACACGAAAAUGGAAAUAUCCAUAUUUCUGGUUCUGAGCAAUACAGAAAGACAACACAAGAACCAGAAUUUUUGUCUGAGGAAUAUUUGCGGAAGUAUUAUCCGUACAUUGAUCCAGAUCAAUUAAGACAGUAUUACCCAAAGUCUCGGUCUGAGUUUAUUAUUACCAUAUCACUAGUGUUCCUCAGCGUUAUUUGUAUUACAUAUUUUAUAUUAACGUUGUAUAGAUGUAUGUGUUCAAAAAAAUAUUCCAAGUGGAGGGCAUCAUGGAAUAAAAUACCGAAGAAUUCCAGAGGGAAUAGUUAUUACAAACAGAUCAAAGAGGCAGUUCCAAUAAUAUUGAAAGGACAUUUACAGGAAAUUGAAUGUCUGAUCAUUGACGGCAGUGUUAUAAUAAGCUCAUGUCUCGGGGGACAGCUACGUGUCUGGGACUCCAUCACAGGAGAGUGUCUUCAUACCAUGCAGAGAAAAUCGGCUACUCCACCAAUGAGGCGGAAACCAUGUGAAGGUCGCAAUGUCAAUGACAGUGAAGCUGAUCUGUAUGCAGAAUACCAUGGUAACAAUGGAAACCAGUCAACAUUUUCAGUUGGACUUGACCUUAGCAACAACUCAGAUGAUCAACCUAGACCCAGACUGCGUAGAAUUUCUGGAAGAAGUGAAACUGAACAGAAUGUGUCACAGUCUAAGGAAAUAUUUGAAGACUUCCCUGAUUUGAAAAAUACUAUAGAUUAUAAUUUUUCAAAAAUGUAUAGAUAUAAAAAUUCAGAUGUGAAUGUAAUACAAAGUGCCAAAACUGAAUCAAAGGAGAAUACUGUGGGUGAAGUAAAUGAAAGUACAGGAAAGAAAGGUUAUGAUUUUCAACAGCAAUUUGGUGAAUUGUACAAUGAGCACUCGAAAUUUCUGGAAGAGAAAAGAAUUCAUGAUGAAAACAAGAGACAGUACCUAGAACUUAGUCAUGAAUCUCGUGCUAGCAGGUCAAAAAGCUGGAGUGAAGGGGACCAUACUCUGUCUGAUACAUCUAUGAAUGAUUCCUCCAACCUAGAGUUAGCUCCCUCUCCUAUAUGGUGCCUGGCAUGUAGAGGCAAUGUUGUGAUAGCAGGAUGUGGGAAUGGAAAAAUUGAGUUUUGGGAUUCUACCACUGGUGCCUUGAAAUGCCUGUAUGGAGAGAGUGACGUUGGGGUGACGGGCAUUAAUUUUAUCGGCAAGAAAGUUAUUGUGGCCAGACUGGAUGGUUCCAUAGAUUUCCUAGAGCUUGAAACAUUUCAGAAUCCCAGAAUAUCAACUCCUUUAUCACCUAGCAGUUUAAAUAAAAAAAUCAAAGGGCAUUCUCGACAUUUGAGUCAUACCCGUACAGGAAGUGAUGAUUUAAGGUUAUGGGAUGAGGUUAUACACUGUACACAGGUACAACAUACCCAGGCUCAUCACCGACCGAUAACCGUUCUACUUACUGAGGGUGGUAGAAUAGUGUCUGCUAGUCAGGAUUUUACAUUGAAGGUAUUUCGACUGGAAGAUUACAGGUGUUUAUAUACCUUACACGGUCAUACAGGUGCCAUCACAUGUUUAUAUCUAGAUAAGUGUGCACCAUACGCUGCUGUAAGUGGAUCAGCUGAUGGAACAAUACGACUGUGGGAUCUUCUCACAGGUCACUGUGUUCACAAGGUCAUAGGUCAUGAAGGUACGAUAGUGGGUCUGACCUGUACUGACACUUACAUCAUCAGCUCGGGCCUCGAUGAUAAAAUGUGUGUAUGGGACAGGAAGCGGGGACAAUUAUUGUAUUCCGUAGAGAUGGAAACUUCAUGUGGUAGCUCCAUGUCCAUGCUGUGUAAAAACUUCCUAGUCACUGGGGGACAGGGUUCACUGUAUUUAUGGGAUGUUCAUAAAGGGGAGCUUGUGCGUGUUGUAAAUCUAGAACAGAGGGAUCGUACUGCGUUUAUUCACCAUAUACAGGCCAUGGAGAAUUCUACAAUAAUCUGUGAUUACGGGAAAGAUAUUAAAGUUAUACAUUUUCCUUUGGUAUUGGAGAAAAGAGACUAAAGACUUUGGCUAUCAGUGAUAUGUUUUUAUAAUCAAAGUGGUUUUGUUUCCCUAUU